CUAAAUUUUGACAAGUGACAUUUAUUACACAUUUGUAAAUAUGAUACAAAAAUAAUUCCAAUUUCACCCUCGAAGCCAAACGGAAAAAGGGUUCCACUUCAAGUCGUCACUUCCUACCGAGAUGCUCGUUUUCCAAUAACACUUAUCGAAACCCGAACCGACAAUGCGCGAACUCGUAAGUAGGUAAACAGACAGAUUUUUAGAGCAAAAAGGCGACGAUUAUUUCAACGAAAAGGGUCAGUAUGUGAAUACUUGACUCUACGUUCGAAAACGCGAACGACAUUCGCUCGCGCAAAAAAUGGAACUUAAGGUUUGGGUCGAAGGGAUACAACGCAUCGUUUGUGGGGUUACGGAUAGCACAACAUGUCAGGACGUCGUUUUUGCAUUGGCCCAUGCUACCGGCAAAUCUGGAAGGUUUACAUUAAUUGAAAGGUGGAGAAAUAAUGAAAGGCAGUUAGCUCCACAUGAAAAUCCACUUAAGAUUUUAAUGAAAUGGGGUGAAUAUUCAAACGAUGUACAAUUUAUAUUACAUUGGAAUGAAAGUUCAAAAUCUCAAUUUAAUAAUACAAAAUCAACAAAAAGUGCAAUUCCAAUAACACCACCACCAACAGCACCAAAUAUAAUUGUUGAUAACACCAUUGAGAAACAAAACAAAGAUUUACAAAAAUUAAUCAGUACUAAUUAUCAGUCAAAUCUUGACAAUGUGGGGAUAGUGAAAGGUAUACCACAGGCUCGUUCGAAUCCGUUAGAAGUCCGCGAAUACAGCUCCCCAAAAAAGGGUGGAAGCCAGUGUGAUUCGGAUUCCGUGUCCGAUUCUCCUAGUCAACGCAUUGCGCCCCCUUAUAAAGAUCCACCGGCUCCACCACCUUACAGAGAUCCCCCACCGCCUACCUCAUCCGUAAACAGCGAAAAGCUUCGUAAUAUUUUACAAGAAUGCAAUAAAUUGGAUAAGAAUAAACUCAAUAAAAACGAAGAAAGCGUUCAUUAUAACGCUCAAUAUCGCGAGUUGGUGUCUUUGGUAAAUUAUCAAAGAGAAAAGUUAUCUUCUCAACAAGCUGAUCUCACAAAGUAUGACGCGGAAAUUUUAUUUUGGGAAGGUAAAGAACGUGAAAAACAAUUUCAACUAGAUUUUAUCGCCCAGGAAUUAGUUACAAUGAGUAAUGCAAGUAGGAUUAAUGCCGAACAAAUACAAGCUUUGAGUUACGUUGAAGAAGAAGCGGAAAUUGUUAAGCAACAAGAAAAAACUUUGAAAUCGGAGAUAACAUUGUUGAGAUCGAAACUUGCAAAUUGCGAAACGGAAUUAUUGCAAUGUAAAAAUAAAAUAAGAUUGGUAAUGGACGAAUUACAAAUGGAACAACGCGCCCAAAGUCGUCGAAACGAGUCCAGAAAACAAAUGGAAAUGAAUUUAUUAGCAGAAAUGGAACGGUUACAACACGACAUUGAUUUGGCGAAACAAGGAACUGAAUUACAUCAUCUCACAGCUGAAGCUCUUAAAAAAGAGGUGGCAAGUUUAGAAGGUGCUAUUGUGGAAAAAAAGAAACAAGUUGAGCAUUUAGUAACGGAAAUGAAAGAGGCUAAUUUGCAAAGUUUGAGUAUUGCGCCGCCGGAAGAAUUAAAACAUAUUUUUGAAGGUCCAAAUAAAGUCGGAAGUACGAGGAAAAUGAUCGGUUCGCCGAGACAAUUGGAAAACGCUGUUCCGACUAAUAAAAAUCCCCACGGUGUUUGGGUGUAGUAGAUUUUCUUUUUUUUUUGUUAUUAGUAGUGAUAUUCGAGUAAUCGAUUUUUCAAAACCAUAUCAAGAAAAUGAAUAAUAAGAAACCAAGCCCCCAAGUGAUGUUAGGAUUUAGUUAAAUUCGUAUAAAUCGUAUAUAAAUAGGGUUUUUUUUUUUGAUUUGCAAGUCUGAUAUUGUUGCAUAUAGGAAGUAAAUAUAUAAAUAAAAUAUAUAUAUUAGAAAAUAUAAAUAUAUAAAUAGUUAUAAUAGUUUAUUGUAACGUUAUGCCAUUUUUGUGUACUUAUGCAUAGAAGUUUAGAUGAAAUACGAAUUGAAAAUAUGAGAUGAAAAUGUU